AUGACCCUCACGGUCUCCCCUGAACAGUCGAUCAACCUUCAAAUCGGCUGGCCUAACCCCGCGCUCCUCCCCGCCUCCACCCUCCGCCACUCCGCCACGGCCGUACUAUCCAAUCCCUCCAUCGCAAACCCAGCCCUCCUCUAUGGCCCUGAUGAAGGAUACGAGCCACUGCGCAUACACAUAGCCGCAUGGCUGAGCCAUUUCUACCGACCGCGCGAGCCUAUCUCAUCGCAGCGCAUCUGCAUCACCGGCGGGGCUAGCCAGAACCUAGCCUGCGUGCUACAAACCUUCACAGACCCGGUCUACACGCGGAAUGUAUGGAUGGUCACACCGACGUAUCACCUGGCCGCGCGGGUUAUGGAUGACGCCGGCUUCGCUGGGCGGUUACGUGGGAUCCCCGAAGACGACGAGGGCAUUAACAUAGCGGUGCUGGAGAACGGGCUACGCGCUGCGGAAGAUAUCGCGCUGCUUGCUGGGAAUACUGAGCCGGAAUUGAAACCGCCCAGGCCCUGGCGCAAAAUUUACAAGCAUGUUAUCUACGCCGUGCCGACUUUCGCGAAUCCCUCUGGGAAGAUUAUGUCGUUGCGUAGACGUGAGGCGCUCGUUCGCCUCGCGCGCCAGUACGAUGCGCUAAUCGUUACGGAUGAUGUGUACGAUUUCCUCCAGUGGUCGGUUAAGCCAGAAGGGGAGAAUAAUUUCGGCGACCGCGCAUGUGUUCCGCGGAUUGUCGACGUGGACCGUUACUUGGAUGGUGGUCCACAGGAUGAAUGGGGACAUGCACUAAGCAACGGCAGUUUCAGCAAGCUGAUCGGGCCCGGGGCCCGCACCGGCUGGGCGGAAGCGUCGGAAAAGGUUGCCUAUGGAUUAUCACAAACAGGCUCUUCCCGAUCGGGCGGCGCUCCUUCCCAUCUGUGCGCCGCUAUCAUUGACCAGCUAUUCCCCACAGGCAUCCAAACCCACAUCCGCGACGUUCUCCAACCGAAAUACGCCGAGCGUUACCACACCUUGCUAUCAGCAAUUCACCAGCAUCUCGUCCCGCUGGGCGUCACAGUCCCAGCCCCCACCGCCGCAGCUGGAGGAUACUUCGUGUGGAUUGGUUUACCAGCGCCGUUACUCGCCGCCGAGGUAGUUCAGCGAGCUCAGAGCGAAGAAAAUCUGCGUUUAUGUGCGGGUGAUCUGUUCCAGGUCCCGGAUCAGGUGACCGAUGAGAAGUUUACAGAUCAUUUGCGUCUCUGCUUUGCAUGGGAAGAGCCACGACAUCUGACCGAGGGCAUGCGUAGGCUAGCGCGUGUUCUCAACCGUAUUAUUCAUACCUAG